AUAGCUGUAAAUUUGUUAUCUUUGUCCUUCAUUGGCCAUCUGGCCAUUCUCAAGGAAGCUAAUGAUUACUUGGUGGAUUAACAAUAAAAAACAAAUAGUGCCGCUAUAAGAGUAGAGGUUCUAGGCUGAGCGUUGUGCGGAAUAUCCAGCUAUCACUCAAAUCAUGAAGGGCAUCAUUUUGCUGACUCUCUUUGCGGUGGCAUUCGCUGCCCCUAUUGAUGACGAUGACAAGAUCGUCGGAGGCUAUGAGUGCACAAAGAACAGCGUGCCCUACAUAGCGUCUCUGAACGUUGGAUAUCAUUUUUGCGGAGGUUCUCUGAUCAACAGCUUGUGGGUCCUUUCUGCUGCCCAUUGCUACCAGUCGUCUAUCCAGGUGCGCCUGGGUGAGCACAACAUUGAUGUCAGUGAGGGCACUGAGCAGUUCAUCUCUUCCUCCAAGGUCAUCAGGCACCCCAAUUACAGCAGCAGCACCCUCAACAAUGACAUCAUGCUUAUCAAGCUGAAAUCAGCUGCCACCCUGAACAGCUAUGUGCGGGCUGUGUCCUUGCCCAGCAGCUGCGCCUCUGCUGGCACCUAUUGUCUGGUCGCCGGAUGGGGAAACACUCUCAGCAGUGGCACAAACUACCCUUCCACUCUGAGAUGCCUGGACAUCCCUAUUCUGAGUAACAGCGUUUGCUCCAGUGCCUACCCUGGACAGAUCACCUCCAACAUGUUCUGUGCUGGCUUCGUAGAGGGAGGCAAGGAUUCUUGCCAGGGAGAUUCUGGCGGCCCAGUCGUGUGCAACAGUGUGCAGCAGGGUAUUGUGUCCUGGGGUUAUGGCUGUGCCCUAAAGAAUAAGCCUGGUGUCUACACCAAAGUCUGCAACUAUGUCUCCUGGAUCACCAGCACCAUAAACAGCAAUUAGAUCUUACAGAUGUUGCAUUUUGUGCCAUCUCUUUUUAAUUUCCACAUUAUCUGGAAAAAAAAAAAAUAAAACUGGUAGCAAAAGAAGAAAGAAA